UUUGAAUGUUAAGUAACGGUUCACGGAGCAACACGAUUGAUCAGAUUACCUGUCAAUCAAGGAGAUGAACCAAUCACAGCGGAGACACGAAUGGCGGGGAUUGGUUGAGUCAAUUUCUCGGUUCUUAAGCCAUAUCUGCUCAAACACUAUCCAACUUCCAGGUUCGGAAAAAAAUAUAUAAAACCGGAUAAAUUUUGCAGGAUAAAUAUUAUUUAUUGUGAAUGAUUCAUCGAGAUUGUUGGUGAAUCUUGUUUAGUUUUGUGAUGGUUUGUUGUCAUAGGGUCAUUUAAGGAGGAACUAAACGUGCAAUAUGGAGAUUUUGGAGAGAAACAAUUGCUAGCUUAGCUUAGCUUAGCUUAGCAUAGCGUAUCAUAUCAUAAGCUAGUGUUAGCUUUGCUAGCGCGCUAAUAUUUCACUACGGACGAGCCAAUUAGGAAUUGGGACGAAAAGCCCGUCAGCAUGUGGAUGGUGGGCGAACAUGGAAGGAUCGUAUAGAAUGAGUGUGAGGGAGCUGUGUGAGACGGAUGAUUUGGCGACGAGUCUGGUGCUGGACCCGUUACUCGGGUUCAGCACCCAUAAGAUGAACAUAAGUCCUCUGCCAGAGAUCCGGCGGUGGAGCUACCUGCGGGAGACGCUGCUGCGCUUCAAGCGCACUCGGGACUUCCAGGCCACGUUCGACGCCCUGCUGGAGGGCGAGUGGACGAGCGAGUACUUCCGAGACCUCGGCUCGCACCGGCAGGAGCUGCUGCGGCAACACAUGUACCGCUAUCUCACUGCCUUCCUAUUGGACAGCGGAGUCCAGAUCGAGUCAUGUGACCGCUAUUCUUCAGAGACCAAUGGAGCCAAAAUCACAGCAACUAGAAACUGGUCGGUCGGAGAGCGGGUGGAGGUGCUGCAGGGCUGUAUAGCUGAGCUGAGUCCCGCUGACAGCGCCGUGCUCAGGACCGGCGUGAACGAUUUCAGCGUGAUGUACUCGACACGUAAGCAGUGCGCUCAGCUCUGGCUCGGCCCGGCCGCCUUCAUUAACCACGACUGCAGGCCGAACUGUAAGUUCGUGCCUGGGGAUAAGAACGGAGCGUGCGUGAAGGUUGUCCGUCCCAUCUCACCCGGGGAGGAGAUCACCUGUUACUAUGGCGACAGCUUUUUUGGGGAAGACAAUGAGAUGUGUGAAUGUUGCACCUGUGAGAGGAGAGGAAAAGGGUUUUUCCGGCACAGGCUGGCCGCGCUGCAGGAGUGGGAACACUCGAACGAUCCGCUAGGCCAGAAGUACAGAUUCAGAGAGACGGAUUUGCGGCUCAACCGGGAGAAAGGGAACAGCACUCCGAGUCCAUUCCUCCCGGUAUCUAACCCAGCCUGCUCUGUGAAGAAUUCCCAGCAGACGAAGAGAAACGCCCCUACAGUGAGCAGCAGGACGACAAAGACCAAGAGGUGGAAAAGGGAGGAGCGGAUCAAACAGGCUGAGAAGACGCAACACAACCACUUCAUAUCAUCGCUGUCUCAUUUCAACCUGAAGGACUCGAGCGUGUGCCUGUACAGUCACAGCGUGGACUUCCUCCUAAGCUGCAGGGAUCCCGCCAGCAACGAACGAGCGCUUCUGUACACGAUCGAGAGCGUGAGACCAAGAUUGGAGAGUCGGGACUCGGACGUUCUCGGCCCUCCGUCUCCCGACGACGUCGGACUAAUCAGAGGUGAGGAAGCACGAGACAUCUCUAACGACGUAUCGAGUAACACUGACGAAUUGAACUUAAAACCCUUCACGUUAAGCUCGGUUUCGAGCGCCGGUCAUAGAGACCCCGCAAACGCUAAAGGACAGGAGGCGGAAACCGCCGCCCCUGCCGCCGCCGUCAGAGUCGUACAUCAGAUGGCCAUUUCUUCACGGACCAGGAAUAUGCUUCGCACCCGACUCAGAUGCUCUGGAGCUUUUGAUCGAGGUAAACUCUCUCGUUUGAAUAAAAAGGCGGUCAAAAUGAUACGCCGGACUUCUAAGCUGCGCGCAGGCGCUAGACCUCACGGCCGGUGUAGGAGAGGUGCUGUCAGAAAAGGCGGUCCGCGUAAACAAAGGUCACGCUUCAACAAAACCCGACGAGAAACAAACAGCAAGUCAUCUCCAGCGAUCACAGAGGAGAAGCAGCAGGGCAGCUUUGGGGAUUCUCACAAGGCCACGGCUGACGGCGAGGAGCGCAUCACUGUCUCCGGCGCUGCUAGGGAAGGGGAUUCGAGCUCCCCAAAUGCUUCAGGGAUCUCCGGGGAGCUGCAGAAAAAACACAUCCCUUCUGUCGUUUCUGGCACGAUCAAUGUUACCACAUCCUCGACUCCUUUUUCCUCCGCUCACUCGCCACUUCCACUACCUCCUCCUCCUCCUCCUCCUUUAGCUUCUUCAUCUUCUUCAUCCUCUUCUCUUCCUUCAGGGUUGAAGCGUUACGUAAAAGUCAGUCUGGUCAGAGUGUCGAUCCCAGGAGAGCGAGCAGCUGUUAAGGCAGAUCAGGAAAGAGCAUACAGCGGAGAAAACGCACAUCCUACAUCUCCGGCAGCUGUAGAGAAGCAGAUCUCAAAGUGCAAACGAAGCAAAGGUAUCUCGAGACUCGGUGUUAAGAAAGGGGUGAGGGAGAUGUACUUUACUCCGAGUGCAGACAGCUUUUUAAAGGUGACGUGUGACAUAGAAAGUAGCGGGAAUGCCGUAGCACAACCUGUUGCACAGCUGACACAUAAGGGUAGCAAGAGAAAUAACGAAGAAAUAGAGGAAAUAGAGACGAUGAAAGAAAAUAACAGUAACAGUAAGAGAGACAAUAUGGCUUCUGAUUCUGUAUGUGUUGAGAAAUCUUUGUUAGAGAACAGCGAAGUAGUGACUCAUUUAAGGAAAAGAGGACAAGUGCCAAAAGGUCAAACAAAACUGAGUGAAACAAAUAUAGCUGAAGAAAAGGAUGAGGAAAAGCGUAAAGGUGACGUAACUAAGCAAAAUGAAGAUACUGUACAAAAGAAAUCAGAUUUGUUGCGUUUUGGAAGCAAAACUAUCGUCAUAAAAGAGGCAAAAGUCCUUCUGUCUGAUAUUUUAAAAAGCUUGAGCAGUGAAUUGGUUAGUCAAGGGCUGGACGGUAAAGCGUAUCACAGCGUAGUCAGGAAUUCUUCGCGACACGGUGAGUCAGAAUCGAUUAAAAGGUUGAUAUCCCUUACUAACAUCCCAAAAGUGAAUUUUGAGCCUCUGAAAAAGAGCCCCGCGAUUGCGAGAGUAACCCACGUGGCUCAGCGUAGCGCACAGAUUUCACAAGACCAUCAUGGCGCAAAAGUGGCAAAAAAAAAAGAUCCAGAAAUUAUUCCAAUGUCCUCCGAGUCUCUCUCCCCUCUAAAAGGCAGCCUGGAUCACAAUUCCCAGAGCAGCAUCCCGCUAAAGAAACGCGUCUUUCGAGAAUCCCUCGAAACCGAUCCAGAUCAAGACGCAAGCGUGACUACAACUACAACGGAGUCUCCGUGUCCCAGUAAAAGUCUGGAGACCAGGACGGAAAGUCUGUUACCCGCGUCUCAAGGGAGCGAGACCUUUGAUAACGGAGCUCAGAACUUAACUUUACAGUCGAGCUCUUCUUUCAGAGAUGAAGGAGUAGGAUCAAAAAAGGGCAGGCUGUGUAAAUCCUUAGUGGCUAAAAAGCUACGACAAAGAAAAUGUUUUCGAACUGCUCAGGCUAGACCUGGAGCUCCAAAUAGGAUGUUCAGAGAAAGAGGUAGUACAGGUAACGCAUUGGCAGCGAAGACACCUGAAAUUAGAGUAAAUAUGAAUAGAAAAUGCAAAAUGAAAUCUGAGCUAGGAGCCAGAGUGGAGCGAAUCGAUGCAGGGAGAAAAAUAAACGAGGACGUAAGAGAGGCUGGACAAAAUUUAGCAAUGGAGACGCAGAAAAACGCAAAAGCCGAAGCGGACGCCUUGUCCGCUUCGGAAUCUUCAUUUAACACGGAAGAUGAGCAGAAUAUUAAUUUUAGAAUACGUCUGAAAAGGAAGAGGGGGAAGGAGUGGGAAAUGGAGAGUGAAAUCAAGGGGGAAAGUGCUGUGGUUGAAACACAGAGUUCGGAAACACGCUCCGAUGUCAUUGACCCCUUUAAAGCUAUUUUGGAUUCUGUCGCGAUCUUAAACUUGGAAAUGGAGCGGAUUCGAGGCCACGGCGAAGCGGACAAGAGCGUCGGCCUGGAGCAAGCCACUAAAGCUGUUCAAGACGUCUUAGAACAUUGCCAAAAAGAAAGUACUUUCAAAUCCAGGAAAAGGCGUAAAAAGAUAUCUGGUGCUAGCAUCAACAGCGAAAAGCAUGCUAAAGGACAAGAAGUCUCUGUUCAUAGUAAAAUGGAGUUUCCUGAGGUGCUAGAACAACAGAGUCAGUUUGUAAGACAUCUCAAAGUUGAAGCUGAUAAUAUGGACAUCAAACCGUUGCCUCUGCUUCGGUUGCGACGCCGGGCCGAGGGCAGAUGGGAGGUGGACGGCGAGGAAGCUCACGCACAAGACGGAAACACGGGACCGGGAAAUUCUGUGCUAAGGGACUCCCGGAUUCUGUCCUGCUUUUUUCCUGAGAGGAUGCCGACGGGAGAGAUGGCGUUCAGCAGAGUCAAAGAGGAAAACCUGUCUCCGUGCCAGCACCGGACUGCAGCUAGCAAGUGCGACAGGAUUAGAGAGCUCUCUAAAGGUGCGGUCACUUCAGAGCCUUCGCUACUCUCCCUUUCACCCUUAUCUCUGAACUCUCCGUAUCACGAAGGACUAACGGAAAUAUCCCAUCUCGCAAGAGUCAAAGAAACGUUUGCGCCAGAAAGAGUCGAGAAUCUGGAGAGCGCGGAGUUGGGCGAGGUUUGCUUAAGUCACAACUUGCUUCAGAUCAACAAAAGCCUCUCGAAACUUCAAGCCAUGAGCCAACAGCAGCCAUCAUGUGCACCUGUUAACAUCAGUGCGACUACCUCCUGUCAGAUUCAGUCGAAACCGUUGUCUCCUCCCUCCUCCCCUUUCACCACUGAAUGCACCUUUUCAAACUAUUCAGAAGACAUUUUAGAUUUUCACUGCUUGAACCUCGACGGCUACGAUCAAACGCACGCACAAAGCGGCCUCCAAAAUACACUGACGGACUACUGCUCCGGCGAACCUCAUAACACCGGAUCUUUUAGUAGCCCCUUCUCUCAAAGCCCAGCGGACGGAUGGAACCCAGAGACCCCUUACCUCGGCUCUCCGAGCCCGGGGAGUAGCUUUAGUACUCCAGAAGACUUGAGUUUUCCCGAUCUUGGGCUUACGCGAUACGACACGCCAUCGUUAAACAGCGAGUUCUCUUCCAAAGACAAAGCAUUCUGUCCCGUGACGAUGGGUUCGGCCGCCGUCAGAGAUUCGGAAAGGAACGUGUUUUUUUCUGAUAGUACGUCGACAAAGCGCAACGUGAUCUUUCAGUCCAGGGAAGAUUCUGCGACGCCCCUGAUUUGUGUGGCAGAUAAAACAUUAGGCAACCAGAGAGACUUAAUAAUAUUUAACACAUCCUUAAACGCUAAGCAGACCGUCCCUUCUGUGGCUUGCUCCCAGUCUCAGGAUAAAAUACAUUUCCUUGACAGCUCAAGGAGUCUGUCGGCGCAGUCGGACUUCGCUAAAAUUCAACCUAAGGACAAAAAUAACGAGCCGCUCAACUUCGUUAGCUCGAUUAAUAAAUCCCAGCCUUCCGUCUUGAGUCAGUCUGGGCCAGGUUUAUACAAUGCUGGAUUACAGAGCAACCCUGUUAAACCCUUCCACUCGCUUCAUACAGGAAGCAAAACCACCUCAUGCUCGGAGUUACCAGGGCCUCUUAACCUUGGCAGUACGGUUUUCCGUGGCUAUGAAAAGAAGCCUACGGUUUUCCAGAACUACAGCAGUUUGGUGAAAAUUGAAGGAGGAGGAUACGGUCAGAACGUUUGCAAAGGUUCUUCAGUAGGUGACUCUAAACUCUCUUUGAAACCUCACGGCAGCAAGUCUGAACUUCCCGACCCCGUUCCAGGGCCAUCGAGUUUACGCAACCACAAGGAUUUAUCCUCCGAGUGUUCUCAGAGUGCAUAUAUGAGAUACUCUGAAACCUCAAGAAGAGAUACAAAGACUGUUCCACCAAACAAAGGACUGUCUAAAGCACACCCGCAGAGCGAUCGGGUUUACCCCGUUUACUUUCUCAGCUCUAGCAAAACCGCAGCAAACGCCAUUAAGAGCAUGCCUAUCGAAAAGCCUCAGAACGUAAGGGUUGGGAGUUCCGUCAAUCCUGACAUUCCUUCUACAUUUUUUCAUAGCGCUCAGAGUCACAGCAUACUUAACAGCAAAAACCUAAGACAGGAUAAACCCCAUGCCGUCGUAGCCCCAAGUCAGAGCUCUCAAGUCUCGGUUCCGCUUGACAGAAAUCAGCUCUGUUUCUCACACUGUGAUCCUUUAGACGUCUCCUUCAGCUCUUCGCUGUCCUCCGCCGUUUCCCAGCACAGCAGUCCGCAAGUGAGCUACAGAGAUUCCGUCGGUCAGGAAGCUCCAGCGACCAAACCUCAGCCGUCCUCCUUCGUGUGCAAUCAAUCCGCUCACCCGUCUUACGUCGUGAACUUCACCGGUGAUCACUCGGUCACGCUGAACUACAACGACGGCGGGGAAUGUUUGAAUUAUUCUUCGUCGGUGCCCACGAAUUACACUUACCAUUGCCUCAUGGAGCCUUCCGGAACCCAGGGGAGGCUUAUCGUAGAACCGUGCGGUCCGUCGACCAUCACGCAUUCUCCUUCUAUGGGCAGCUUCGCCGGCCCUAAAGGCAUGGCGGAGACGAGCAAGGACUCUCAGCAGCACGGGCAGUCCGGAUGCCAUCCGGUCAUUUCCCAUCACUUCCCGUCGUCUCACUCGCAAAGCGCCUCUCUGACGGACCGCAAGCCCAAGAGACUGCGGCUGGUAGUUACUGACGGUACAGUAGAUCUGGACCUGCAGUACACAGACUGACGGUUGCUAAAUCGCUAUUUAUUAACGACAAUGCAAAUAUGUUGUUUAUAUGUAAAAAAAAAAAAAGAAAAGACGUACUUUUAAAAGUUGUGCUUAGCAUUUAUGAUUUACGAUAAGCUUUUUUUUUUUUUUUUUUGUGUAAAAGAAAAACAAUUUACACAAAUAUUUAAAACUUAUUUCAUUGUCACCCAUGAUGAAUUCAUUGUGUAGUAUAUUUAUGUAUAAACUGUAGCAGUUUUCACAUCGUAGUUCCAAUCGGCCACAUGAUGGAGACGUUAUUCUGUCUUGUGGAUCUAACUUUUUUUUAUUUCAUACUCGUGUGUUUUAAACGGAGACGUUUAGGGCCUACAGGUUAACCACGUUUUUUUUGCGAUGAACAUGCACGAUAUGUUAGAGUGGCUCUGUUUGUGGAGGACCAAGACAGGGAGCAUGCGCUGUAUUUUUUAUUUCUUUAUUUUUAUUUUAUUUUUUUUAAGUUCUCAUUUUCCUGCCAGGACUUUUUUUAAAAUGCUGCUUUCACACUUGUCUUUUCUUUUUUUUUUUUUUCCCUCCCUGCCUGAAGCGCACACCGUAACUGUAAACAUCGCAGAAUUCAGCCUCGUGCGUUCUCUCUUAUUAUUAGUAUCAGUAAAAGAAAAGAAAUAAAGAUCAGCGUAACUUUAGGAACGUCAAAGUCGUCUGUCUUUGUCUUCGAGAAUCAAGAGAGUUUGAGUUACAUCACGUACGAGUGAACGUCCUAAAACAUUAUAACUUUGGAAUGUCAGAGAUAUAAACAUUUUGUUGUAAAUCUCAUCAUAUUUUCUCACGGAUUCAGUCAUAAGGCUCGUCUUUUUUCUUCAGCACUUUGGUCAGGAGGUUAAAAAAAAAGAAAGAAAGAAAACAAAAAGCACUUGACGUCACUCGGCACUUUUCUGAAAAGGAAAGUGAACUUCGGAAGGGCCGCUCUGACCGAAAAACGUAGAUGGAAGCAAAAAACGUAGAUGGAAGCGUAAAAUGCGCUCUGAUAUUUGAAAAGUACAAAAAAAAAAAAAAACAAUCGAGUGUGAAAGCAGACACAAAUUAAACCUGGUCUAAACUUUUCAAUUACGAACUCGCACAUCAGGCGUACAAGCCGGUCUAAAAUCUGGGUGGAGAAAAGAGGAAAAAAAAACCAACAACGACAAAAAAAAAAAAAACAAAACUCAAUCCUCGUCUGGAAAUUUUGCUGGUUUUAGCACAAUAUAUAAUUUUUAAUUUUUUUUUUACAAACGAUGAAUUUAACUAUCGACGUCGGAACAUCUCGCUAACGGUGUCCUGUGUCGUUAAGUGUUACGCUUAACAUUUCAUUUGCGAAAAUUCUCCCUCCCGUUCAGGUCGAAGCAUCGUUACUAUAAUACUAUUAUUUAUUCACAAAUACGUAAAAUAAACACCUUUUCGUGUUGGGAAGCGUGCAGGCUCGUCGAUCACUCGCCACCCGAACACAAACACGCUUCAUACUUUAAUUCUUUGUAGUAGUUUGGACAGUAUUUAUGCUGGAUACAUUCUUGAAUUUUUUUAUUUUUUUUUUUUAUCGCAAUAUUGAUGGUACCUCGCGAGAGAUGGACGGAAAGGUAGAAAUGUCUUCGUAACACGUCGCCACUCGUACACGGUUGUAAAAGGUGAAAACGUCCGCAUGGGUGUGUUGAAAACACUGAUCUGGGAUCAGGCUGUUUUUAAACCAGGGCGCUCGACACUACUUUUUUUAAUUUUAAUUUUUUUUUUUUGUUGAAAACUUACGUUUGCAUGCUGUGUAUGGUAUUUAACCUCCUGUGUGUUAGAGACUGGAAGGCAUAAAUAUUUGUGAAGUUACACAUUUUCUACACAUUUCCGAUUUUGACAUGAAACCGAUGUUUGUGUGGUCGUGUUCAACGUUUUUUUUUUUUUUUCUUUUUCUUUUUUUUUUUCAGUGUACAAAAAAAAGGCCAAUAUGAUAUUUAUAUUUAUUUCAAUAUGCUCCACACAUGGUGCUUUAAUAUAACUUAAUGUUUCAAUUGUACUGUAUACAAAAUGUUUUUGUUUGUUUGUUUAUUUUGUUUUGUUUUUCCCUCCUAAAUAUCUAGGACGUCAAUGAUUUAAACACGUAAAUUUUUUUUUUUUUUUUUUUUUUUUUUGCUCUAUAUGUCUCUACUGAAUAUCUUCUUUUUAGGAAGUUUGUAAGUAACAAGGUUAGAUUGUCUUAAUUACUAUUCCACUGUAAAGACAUGAAAAUGAUAUAAAUAAAAUGUUUGUCACAUAAUCUUUUAAAACGCAGUCUAAGUGACAUUUUUUUAUUGCUGUUUAUUUAUUUGUUUAUUUGUUUGUUUGUUUGUUUGCCGGGUUUCAGUUAUCCACACCAUUUUGGAUGUCAUGUUAAGAGAUUUCUUAAGAAAAUAUACGAUUAAAAAAACAAACAAACAAACAUAUACUUCAGCGAUUUGCCAAAGAUUGCAAUGUUUAAUUUAUUACUCAACAACAAAUUGUGCUUUUUUACCAUUUAUUGUUACCUUCAAUGUUGUGGAACGUUCCUGUUCUCACGUCUUAACGUCUUUACAAAUCUCUUUAUAAACGUUCUACAUAAAAUCCCAAAUUUAUUAAAAACAAACAAACAAAC